UGAGGUCUGUGCGCGGUAGGAACUGUUUGAUGUGGGAUAUUUUGACAGCGUUCGCUGGUGCAGGGGGAACAGGAAGACAGCAGCGCCACCGGUUGCGGCCUCCGCCAUGAGUUUUGAGUGGCCCUGGCAAUAUAACUUCCCUCCUUUCUACACACUACAACCAAAUGUUAACACACAGCGUAAGCAACUAGCAGCAUGGUGCUCACUGGUGCUCUCUUAUCUACGCUAUCACAAGCUUUACACUAUUGAUGUAUUGGAGGCCCAAGAAAGCCCACUAUUCAACAAUAAGAAGAUCCAAAGGAAGUUUCCCUUAGAAGCUAUCCAAGUUGUAUUAGAAGAACUCCGGAAAAAAGGAAACUUAGAAUGGAUUGAUAAAAAUAAAACUCGCUGUCUCAUUAUGUGGAGGAGACCAGAAGAAUGGGGAAAACUUGUGUAUCAGUGGGUUUCAAAGAAUGGCUUGACAAACUCUGUAUUUACAUUUUAUGAACUUUCCAAUGGUGAUGACACAGUAGGUGAAGAGUUCCAUGGUUUGGAAGAAUGGCUUCUGCUACGGGCACUGCAAGCUCUACAGUCUGAGCGAAAAGCAGAGAUUAUCACCCUUGCUGACAGUAAAGGGGUCAAGUUCUUCUGAUGCUACCCAUGUUGGUCUGACCUGCUGCUGGAGACUCAUACAGAAAUCAAAGCAUUAUCAAUGAAGAUAAAUUCAAGACCCCAAAAGAAAUUAUAUUGAACUUCAGAUCUCCAGAUAUCACUGUUGCACCAUUGACUUGAUUGUAAUGCACAAUCUGGCUACCUGAAACUGCAAUCUCCUUUUCAUUCUUCAGCUAAGCUUAAAGCAAUUAUGGCUUCAAGUACUGAAUACUCUGUACUGUUCUAUGUGUUGACAGAAGAAAAAAAAGACUCAAAAAUGCACCAUUACAAGUCAGUACAGGCUCAGAGUUAAGAGAUGAGAAACAAGUCUAUGGUGUAUUGCAAACCCACAAUAAUGUUACCUACUUCCUUUAGUUAUGAUUAUGCUGGCUUAAAGACAAAUUAAACUGAUAAUAUGAUGUGCAGAUGCCUCUCAAGCUCUUCUUGAUAUAACUCCAAAAAGCCUGUCAGCAUGUUCAGAGAUUAGUUUGUUAAUUUUUCCUUCAGCCCCCGGAUCUAUCUUGGAAAAGGCAUUUUCUUAUUGUCUGUGUAUUAAAGCAUUAGACAGUGGAAAACCCUCUGUCGAUAUUGGGAAUCACGUGAGUUUUUAUGACUUCCAGCCUGAAUAAAAAGCAAAUAUUAUAUGAAUGUGAAAUAUCAACAGCUCCGUUAAGGGAAUACAAACCUCAUGAAGGUACAAAAUGUAAUGUGCAAGUUUGAUAGUGCCAGGGUAUUCAGUUUCCAUCCUGGGCCCAGUUGCGUACUUGAGUUGGACAGAGUUAGAAUUUUUCAGUUAGCUAGAGUACUAAAAAUAUGAAAGAGCAUACUUCAGCAGCAAAUUUGAAUUCUCAGUUAUUUUAUGAUCAGGUGCACUGUGAUGGCUGAUUUGGGUAGCACAGUUGCCACACCUUUUUGAAUCAAUAAACCUUAAACUUUAUUUUCAUUUAAAAUCAGUACUGAGAUAAUUAAAUGUAUCUCUAUUUGAAAAAUGUAAUCAAAGUGUUUUCUUUUUAAUGCAAAUAGUUAUGUUCUGAUUAGCAUGAACAGUCAUUUAUCAUUAACUGCAAAGAAUUUUCAACCUUUCGCAUUUAUUGUUACUAUUGCAUACUUGAAAUCCUGUCAGUCAAAUGAAAAAUUAAUAUUAUUUGCUGAAUUUGAAGAACAUUUUUCCUGUCCCAGAACACACAAGUUAACUAGUUCAAUUUCCCUACUCGAUUACAUGAGUUUACUUCAGGUGUCAAAUCACCAGAGCUUCCUAUCCAAUAAACAGGCUUCCAGGUCAAGUGUAGAUCGUAGUUCAUGGUUCGAUCAACUUUAGGGUAUUGUGUUUGGUUUCACUAGAGUAAGGACCAAAACUUUCCUUGAAUCGGUGAACUUGGAGCAAGAGGGCGUUAUCUUCAAAUUUGAGCUGGAAAAGUUAGGGAAAAGAUCAGAAGGUGCAUUACAUAAAGGGAAGUGAAAAUCUGGAACAUUUUUGUAUCUGUUUUCAAGAAUUCUGGAAAUCAACAGAUGCUUAUUAAUGAUAGCAAGGAAUAGUGGUUGCUAAAGAAUAAAUAUUAAAAGGAUCAAGCAUGAUCAGAUUGAAAGAAUGCAACUGGUUUAAGGAGUUAACUGGCCUGCAUUGGUGGAUCUUUUUCCAUUCAAUUACAUUUACAAUAAAUAUGUUUUGUAUUUGUAUUCUAAGUAGGCUUGACAGUUUUUUUUGGGAAGACCUAUGUUUAUUCACUUGUGGAAUAUAGAUAUGCUAAUAAGGCCAGUAUUUAUUGCCCAUCCCUAAUUACACUUGCAAAGUUAGUGGUGAAUUACCGUUAAAGCGCUUAUGAGUAAAGAUACUGCUGUGUUGCUGUUGACGGGGGAGUUCCAGGAUUUUUAACCCAGUAGUGAUGAGGAAUGGUGUUAAAUUUCCAAGUCGGGAUGGUGUGUUUACUUUGGAGGGAAGAAUGCAGGUGCUGGUAUCGCUAUUAUACUUCUAGGUGGUAGAUGUUCCAGAUUUUGAAAGUGCUAUCAAAGAAGUUCUGCAUUUGAUUUAAUUGAUAGCCUUUUGAACAUGAUGAAAAUGUGUUAGAAGUAUCUACUGAUUAAAAAUGGAUAGAAAAUAUAUGUCAGUUUAUUGCAGGUUAUAGAACAGAAACAGCAACCCUUACUAAUUCAACACGAUGACAAUAUUGAAAUCUUGUUUUAAGUAGGUGUUUUUUUCUUGUAAACUGCCUCCCCAAAACGGACUUUGUUUAUAUUGGACUUCUGGUUUAGUUGUUUUAAAAUAAAGCAUUUUUCUUUCAUAUAUGUUUAAUGGAGUCAGAGUGAAUGAUUUGUCAAUAAGCCUAGCAUAUAAUUGCUAAUCAUGAGUUAAGUAAAAAUAGAUUGGAAAAGGUUAAGGAGGAAAAUAAAGACAAUGGAAGUGAAAGACUUACAGAAGAGUAAAUUAAAAUCAGCUUUUCAUUGGACAGAAAAAUCUAAUAAGAAAAUGUACUAGUCGCCUAAGUGGCAAGGUUUGAACUUUGUAGAGUAUAGAAUAUAUCCAGAAACCAAAAGUAUGUGCAAACAAACUUAAAAUUCUGUGUUUUUUUAUCUGAUAUUUACAAGUAUGAGAUGUUUGAACAAACUUCGAUUCAAAAGAUGAAAGUAGGUCAUGUCAAAAUGGUACUGCAUGUGAUGAUCCAGAUGCAUAUGAUUCAUGCCUUGUGUCCAAAAUUAUUUGCCCCCAACAUCAAUAUAAAUUAACAUUUAAAAGGAUGCUGCAGAAUCAUAAGUUAUGAAAGAAUUAUAGAUGCAACCAUGGAAGAAAUAUAACAUUGGUAAUUAUUGUACUUGCAUAUCAUGAGACCAAUUAUCCCAAUAUAUCUUUGUUACUAUUCAACUUCAGUAAUCUAAUACCAACUAAUAUCACUCAAUUUAAAAUGAUGUUAUAAUCUCUACUGCAAAUGUCUGUCUCAGCUCUAAACCAGAAGUUUGUAGGUUCAGGGCAAACUCCAUCAUUUAAGUUUACACUUAAGUAUAGCACUGAAAAAAACAUCUUUUAAAUGUGAUCUCAGGCCCCAUCUGCUACAGCAGUUGAUCAGAGAAAAUCCCCAAGUAGUCACAAAAAGGAAUAGGGAAAUCUGGUUUCUAGGCCUACAUUUAUCCCUAUCUCUAAAAGAAGAAUAACUUUUUAUUUUGUUAGUAUGUUGUCCGUUACUUUUGUCUGCUUUAGGAUUAUCAGUUUGCCACUGAAAUACCUAGGGAUCUUUAAGUUCUUUUCCUUUUUCCAGAACUACUUCGUUCUAUUUUUAUUUUUUUGGUCAUGACUAUAUAUCCAUGCUCCUUUGUUAAUAUUUCUACUAACUCUAUCUCUACAAUGUCUCCCAUCCACUACAUAAUGUACUGGUUGGGCACAGGAGUACAUUCAGCCAGAGACUCAUUCCACCGAGAUGCAACACAGAGCGUCAUAGGAAGUCAUUCCUGCCUGUGGCCAUCAAACUUUACAACUCCUCCCUUGGAGGGUCAGACACCCUGAGCCGAUAGGCUGGUCCUGGACUUAUUUCCUGGCAUGAUUUACCUAUUACUAUUUAACUAUUUAUGGUUUUAUUACUAUUUAUUUAUCUAUGGUGCAACUGUAACGAAAACCAAUUUCCCCCGGGAUCAAUAAAGUAUGAC